GUUAAUGGCGAGAGAAUAGUAGUAGAAGAGACAAUGAGAAAGCAAUAGCAUACAAAAUGUUGUCACGUAGAUGACGACGACGUGAUUAAAUUAAUUUAUAUCUGCACACUAGUUUUUUUCCUUCUCCAUUUUCCUCUACAAUAAAACUAUUUAAGACCCAAGAACAAAAGUUUCUCUGAAGUCUGAAGUCAAAGAUCAGAUUCUUCUUCUUCUUCUUCCUACGAUGUAUCAAAUAUUCUUCAUCUUCUUCGUUACAAUCUUCCACAGUUACUACUAUGCAUCUGCUCAGCCUCCUGCUCCUCCGUUCAGAAACGGCGACCUCGUCACAAACUUCGAGCCGAGUUUAGCCGUCGUCACGGGCGUUCUCGCCAUCAUGUUCACGCUCACUUUCGUCCUCCUCGUCUACGCUAAGUGCUGCCACAUCGAUCUCCGGUCAGGUACCGGCGACGGAAGACGGCAAGAUCGCCGGAUCCUACAAGGAAUAUUCUUUAACCGGUCUACAAACUCCUCGGACCGAUUCUCCGGUUUGGACAAAGCAGAGAUCGAGUCACUUCCUCUGUUUAGAUUCUCUGCUUUGAAAGGAUCAAAACAAGGGCUUGAGUGUUCCGUCUGUCUAUCUAAAUUCGAAAGCGUUGAGAUUCUUAGAUUGCUGCCUAAAUGUCGUCACGCUUUCCACGUGGGGUGCAUCGAUACGUGGCUUGAGCAGCACGCGACGUGUCCUCUCUGCAGAGCAAGAGUCUCAGUGGAAGAUGAGUCCUCUGUCUCUGUUUAUGGUAACAGCUUCCGGUUCUUGAAUCAGUCUGAGGCACGAGAAGACUCGAGCUUGGAGCUUUACAUCGAGAGAGAAGAAGAAGAAGAGAGGAGACAGAGAGAGGAAGUUGGUGGGUCGUCGAGGUUCAGCAUCGGAGGGAGUUUCAGGAAGAUUCUGAAAUUAGGUCAUAAAGAAAAACCGUUACUUGAUCAGCACGGAGAAGAUAAAGACGAGAAGAAGAUUAUGCAUAAGUUCAAUCAUAGGAUCCUUGUGUCUGAUGUUGUGUUCAAGAAUCGUUGGAGCAACGUGAGUUCGUCUGAUUUGAUGUUUUUGAAUUCUGAGAUGGUUAGUUCGAUUUCCAGUGAGAGAUUCUCGUCGACGGAUAAUGUGAAGAGAGGUGAUGAAGAGGAUCAAAGAGGUAACUUGCAAGUCAAGGAAGAGAAGAGAAUGUCUGAGAACAAGUUGUCGGGAAACAGAGACUUUGGUUCGAAAUCAAGAAGCGUUAUGAUCGAACCAGGAAGAAGAUCGGUUUCUGACAUCACUGCGGUUCCUAGGCUAAGUAUUACGGUCCAUGGGGAAUGUAGCGGUUCAAACGCAGCGACUGCGUCUGCGUUAGUAAACGGAGGAAACGAGACGGAGGAGAGAAGACGGCGUUUGUGGCUGCCCAUCGCUAGAAAAACCGCUCAAUGGUUUGCUAAUAGAGAAAAAAGAAAUCAAAUUAACACAACACGCCAACACUUUGAUGUUUAGUUUCUUUGCAAUUUUUUUAUAUAUUUUUUUACAAAUAUUUAGGUUUGAUUUAUGUUCUUUACAAGACAAAGACUAAACUUGUUAGCUAGAUCAAAAGAAGAUUAUUUGUGUAAAUAAUAUGGAUUUAUACAUAAACAAAGUGCUGAAUCAUAACAUAUUAAUAAGUUGAAUUAUUACUGGUUUAUUGUUUGUAAAUAUAAUAACUGUUUUCAAAUAAAUGGAACAUGUCAGCUUACCUGGUUACAGAAGCAAUCAAGCAACCACGCUAUU